UUAAGAGUGUUCUGCCAAUAGCAACAAUGAGGGUGGGACUAGUAUAUCGUCUUCACCUCAGAUGCUGUCAUUCCCAGACGGAUUGUUUGUUGUCAAGAUGGACUUUUUACUGGGCAAUCCGUACAGCACUCCUGUGGGCCAAUGUAUAGAGCGGGCAACGGACGGAGGGCUGCAAAACGAGGACUGGACCCUCAAUAUGGAGAUCUGUGACAUCAUUAAUGAGACAGAGGAGGGGCCUAAAGAUGCCAUGCGGGCCCUGAAGAAGAGGCUGAGUGGGAACAGGAACUUCAGAGAGGUGAUGCUCGCACUCACGGUGCUAGAGACGUGCGUGAAGAACUGCGGCCACAGGUUCCACGUGCACGUGGCCACCAGGGACUUCAUCGACGGCGUGCUGGUCAAGAUCAUCUCCCCUAAGACCAAUCCCCCAACCAUCGUUCAAGAAAAAGUACUUGCUCUCAUCCAGGCGUGGGCAGACGCCUUCAGAAGCAGCCCUGACCUGACGGGUGUAGUCCACAUCUACGAGGAACUGAAGAGGAAAGGGGUUGAGUUCCCCAUGGCCGACCUGGACGCCCUGUCCCCCAUACACACGCCACAGAGGGGCAUCCCUGAGGUGGACCCGGCGGUCCUGAAGUACAGAGCCCCCACCGUGACCCCCAUCGCCCUCGCAAUCCCCGCCACCGCCGCCCUUCCGAGACCCGUCCCUGUCCCCCCCACGGCCGACACCUCUCCGUCGCAGAUCCCCCACGUCCCCGACGUCUCGGGCCCCAUCACUGCCAACCCUGAGCAGAUCGCCCAGCUGCGCAGUGAGCUUGACGUUGUGAGAGGAAACACCAAAGUCAUGUCUGAGAUGUUGACGGAGAUGGUUCCUGGGCAGGAAGACUCCUCCGAUCUGGAGCUGCUGCAGGAGCUGAACAGGACAUGCAGGGCGAUGCAGCAGCGGGUAGUGGAGCUGAUCUCCAGGGUCUCCAACGAGGAGAUGACCGAGGAACUGCUGCAUGUCAACGAUGACCUCAACAACAUCUUCCUACGCUACGAGAGAUAUGAAAGGUACCGGUUGGGUAGAACUGGAAAGAACAAUGGAAUGUUGGGUGAGGCCCCAGAGGACAACCUGAUAGACCUGGGCCCCGGCUCCCCCGCAGUGGUCACCCCUAGGGCCACUGCCGGCCCCUCUCCCGCCUCCACCCUCAUGGGGGCUGCCGCCUCCCCUCCCCACCACCCCCCCACCAACUCCACCCUAUCUUCAGCCCAGGGCGGACUCAAUGUUGGUACGGACAGCGUUGGCAGCGCCCUGUCCGCCAUCUCCUGCCGGAACCCCGAUGACUUCGACAUGUUCGCCCAGACCCGAGGUAGCUCGCUGGCCGACCAGCGCAAGAAUGUAAAGUAUGAAGACCCUCAAGCCCUGGGGGGCCUGGCCUCGGCUCUGGACGUCAGACAGCAGAACACCGGAGGAGUGCUGAGGUUAAAAGGGGAUGAAAAUCCAGCAGAGCAGGAGCUGCCCAUAGACAGCUGGCUUAUUACCCAAGGAAUGAUCCCUGUAUCGCAGUCCUCUGUCAUGGAUGACAUAGAGGAAUGGCUCUGUGCGGAUGUGAAAGGAGAUGGCGCAGAGGAAGGAGUCACCAGUGAAGAGUUUGAUAAGUUCCUAGAGGAUCGAGCCAAGGUGGGAGAUUCUGGACCCUCUCCCCCACUAAGAGGCAGACCAGGGCCCCCCGUCGGGGCUACUAGCGGCUCCCACAAGAAGGCAGAGCGGACGGAGGACGCCCUCUUUGCCCUGUAGACUCUCACCUGCCCGUUUUUCUCCUCCUAGUCUGGAAGCACCGCAAGCAAUGUCCUUUCCAAGAACCCCAACGUCCAUUUAAUUUGCUGCCCCUGGGUGACGUUGCAACAGAUGUAUUGUCUGUAGCCUUGUCAUCUGAUUACCAGUGUUGUAAUUCAGAGACAAACAUGCUUGCCAUGUCUUGUAUUACUGUAUUUUUUUGUUUGAUGUUUUUGUGUGUCUGUGUGGCUUCUCUUAGUAGCCCUUCUUAGUCCUCUGUAAUGUACCACCAAAGACGAGUAUUCUAGCUAGCCUGUUAGCUUUGUUUCAGAAGAACACAUGCUAUGGCACUGUCUCUUUUAUAUUGAUAGCCUAGUAGCAAGGAUAAAUGAGAACCCUUUCUGCAUGGCCGGCUUUCAAGCCAAAUGAUUUGAUCCAGAAAGCUAGAAUGAUGGCCUAUGGUUUCUAAGAAUUUAAAUAAUUGAAUAAUACAUUUUUCUUUCGUUUUUUGCUGUGUAGAACAAUAUAAUAACACUGAGUGGUUGUUCAUCAUUGAAAAUUAUUUGUUUCCAUGGUCAGUUCCUGUUGUGCUGAGAAAAGCUAAUUUUUCUGCCUAGGCUAAAACCGCUAGCUAAAUCAAAGAUAAUAUCGAAAGCAUUUGUGUGCGUGAGAACGUCGGUUGCCUUUCCUUUGAGUCCAAGAGACAACAAAACUAAAUGGCCACAAGGCACCUGCUUAUGGGAAGGAAAGGGACACGUUUAGUCAAGAUUCCUUCUAAGGGUUAUUACAAUGACUAAAAAAGAACAUCACCAUCAAGCUGGUGUGAAAAAGCCAUUCCGAGAAACAUUGUUGCUUAAUGGACAAAUAAUAUCAUUUAGCACUUAUAAUUUUGACAAUAGCACAACCACUUUCCUUCCUAAUACACUAUUUUGUGCACUUUACAGCUAUUUGUGUUUACAAGAUGGUUACUAUUUUUCUAGUGGGUGGUAAAUAGUCCUAAUUUACAUAAUUUUGCACAUUUUUGUUUGACUGCAUUCAUGUUAAACUAUACCAAACGCAGGUGUAUAGCUAGAUGGAAACAACUUUUACAAAUUUACCAUAACACCUUUUUAGCAAUUCAUUAAAAUCCCAAAAAAUAGUGGCGAAGAUAUUGAGUUCGAAAGGGGGUUUAGAAUGACACAAUUGUAGGAUUGGUUUCUGUAUAUAUAUAUAUAUAUUG